UGUUGUGAGGUGGAUUUGGUGCUGCGUGCUGCUCUGCGCGUGGCCGUCUAGUUCUGUCUGAGGCGCGUGAAUGCACGAGUACAUUGGCAUUAUCUUCAUUUCCAGUUUCAUCGGCAAUUUACAGAAUGCGGAGGUGAAAACAGCCGGACUCGCCGAUCGAGGUAUAAAUCCUUGACGGUAUACGCUGGUAUUUCACCAGUUAGUAUUAUAUUUAUUAUCUGGAAGCUGUUCCCCUGCGAGAAUCACGCAUGCAUUCAAACAGAGGAUUAUCGCGGAGGAACUGCCUCGACACCAUGAGCUGCAGUUGGGGGACGGAGCUGUGGGAUCAGUUUGAUAAUCUAGAGAAACACACUCAGUGGGGCAUUGAGUUUUUGGAGCGCUACACCAAGUUUGUGAAGGAACGGUCUGAAAUUGAACUGAGCUAUGCUAAACAGAUCAGGAAUCUGUCCAAGAAGUAUCAGCUCAAGAAGAAUUCCAAAGAGGAGGAAGAAUUCAAGUACACCACAAGUAGAGCAUUUCUGAUGACCUUAAAUGAGCUGAACGACUACGCGGGUCAACACGAGGUCAUCGCCGAAAACCUGUCCACUCAGAUAAUCGCAGAGUUGAGCCGCUACACUCAAGAACUGAAGGCUGAACGAAAAUCGCAUUUCCAUGAUGGCCGCAGAGCGCAACAACACAUUGAGAAUUCCUGGAAGCAGCUGGAAUCGAGUAAGAGAAGAUUUGAGAGAGACUGUAAGGAAGCGGAUCGUGCCCAGCAUUACUUCGACAAGAUGGACGCCGACAUUAACGUGACUAAAGCAGAUGUGGAAAAGCGGUGUUCUCUCAAGGCGAAACAGCAAGCUCAGCUGAGGCAUCAGAUAGCAGAGGACAGUAAAAACGAGUACCUGACCUACCUGCAGAAGUUCAACAAGGACCAACAUGAGCACUACUACACGCUUAUACCACAUAUCUUUCAGAGGAUACAGGAGAUGGAGGAGAGGCGGGUGGGCAGGGUGAGGGAGAGCAUGCGGGUGUACACUGAGGUCGAGCGUAAAGUAUUGCCCAUCGUCAGCAAGUGUCUGGACGGCAUGACCAAGGCAGCUGAAUCCAUCGAGCCUAAAAUGGACAGUAAGCAAGUUGUAGAAUCAUAUAAGUCGGGCUUUGAGCCGCCGGGUGAUGUGGAGUUCGAGGACUACAGCAUGUCGAUGAAGAGGGCGGUGUCAGAAUCGAGCUUCCUGAACGCUCGCGGAGAGAGCAGACGCCGGAGCAGGAGCAAACUGUGGCCUUUACUCAAGAGGAAUAAGCUUAUGUCUUUGUUAGCGUCGCCCCGCCAGCCCCUCCUCCCCCCUCCCCCCACAUCCCCGUCCCCGGACGGCCUCCUCAACGGCCCCCAGUCCCCGCAGCAACCCAAGGAGCCCCUCAGCCAGCGCCUCAAUGACUUCAUGGGCACCAAACACAAAAUGCACUGCCUGCGGAGCCUGAAACGUGGGCUUUCUCUAAAGCUGGGAACAGGCCAGGAGGACUACAGUCAUCUGCCCCCUGAGCAAAGGAGGAAGAAACUACAAGCGAAGCUCAAUGACAUCAACAAGGACAUCCAGAAAGAGAUGGAUCAGAGGGACGCCCUGACCAAAAUGAAAGAUGUUUACAUUAAGAAUCCUCACUUGGGGGAUCCCGACAGUAUAGACCCACGGUUAGAGGAAAUCACACAAAGCUUGGAAAAACUGCAGCUUGAGGCGCAUAAAUUUGAGGGCUGGCUGACAGAGGUGGAGAGGAAGCUACUUGAAAAGGGAUCUGAGUCUCAGAGAAGACAGAGCAGUCAUUUUGACUCGCAGGGCAACACCCCACUAACAAACAACUACGGUCAAAACCGAGAGAGGUCUUCUGCACAUAGUCCGGAUGGCAGCUACACGGAAGACCCCAGCACAGAGACGAGCAUGCAGUUCAAAUCUCGCAGCACUGAGUUUGAUGAGGAAUUUGACGAGGAGGAGCCUUUACCCACCAUUGGAACAUGCAAAGCACUUUAUCCAUUUGAAGGUCAGAAUGAAGGUACCAUAUCCAUGGCCGAGGGUGAGAUGCUGUACGUAAUCGAGGAGGAUAAGGGGGACGGAUGGACCCGUGUGCGCAGAAACGAGGACGAGGAAGGAUACGUGCCCACAUCCUACAUCAAACUCUUUUUGGACACGAAUGCCAAAGGUGCUAUGACAUACAUAUAAUCCCACGUCACUGAACACCCGGAAAGCGCCAUUAGUGAACGCUGUUUAACUGUACAUACAUCAUGAAAAUGUUCUUAUUGAACAGAGGAGCAGACAGCAGAGCAAUUCCUGUUUUUACAAGUUCAAGAUGCCAUGUACCAUUUCUCUGUUUGGUCCUUAUUUACGUUUUUAAUUAUUGCUCCCUUAGACUUUAUCAGUAUUAAACAAAUUCUGCAUCCAUAAGGGUACAGUGAAAUUAGGCAAUAAAGACACAGCUGCUGUGUAUUUCUGACAUACCUGAUGGAAAUGGCUGCUUUAUCAACAUAUCAUUUCCAUAUUUACAGUAGCAUUAUAGCUUGGCAUUAUGGUGGUUUUAAGCUGUAACCAAGAUAUGUAGAUACUCAUGUACAUGUUCAUAUUUUUAAUGAUCUACAAGCAAUCAGAUACUUUUAGAUUAAGAAUGAAAUGAUUAGAAAAUGUCAAAAGCAAAUAUUCUGAAUCCUUCUGGGAAUAAAGAUAAUUAUUUACUGACAUUUUGACCUUCAAACUACAGAAUAAGUAGCAAUCCUGCAUUUUAACUAUAGUCAAACUGUGUUUUUAAUUAUAAUAAUUUUUUAAGAUGUCAAAAUAUCUGCCUUGAGAGAUGGAAUAGAAUAUUUUCUCAGGUGUUUACUUUUGCUGUACAUCCUUGUACCUCAAAAAAUCCGGAAUGUAGGGGAUUUUUUUCUCCAACGGCAAAUCACAUUCCAUUUAAAAGCAUAUCAUUAAAUGUGAAGAGCUUAAGUAAAUAAUGCAUGCAUCUGUGAGACUUUUGCUAGCUUUGCAUUUAUUGCUGUACAAAAAAGAUAAAAAAAAAUAUAUACUCAUGAACCCAUAGUUAACGCGAUGCCUUUCGGUGUUGUGAGCAUUGAAGCAAUAAUUGAAAAGAUGCAUGUUAUUCAUACACUGACCAGCAUGGAAAACUAACAGUUAACAUAAAGUUAAAUAGAAAUUUUUCCAGAAGGUCAUCGCGGUGUGUGUUAGAAAUACCUACAGCAGGAAUACCGCUCUAUGUGCAUGCUAUAAAACCAGACAGGCUAUUAAUAUUGCUGCUUUUAAUAAAAUGUACAUAAUUUGAAAAAUCAGCAUCUGUUAAAUAUGCUUGAUAGUGUCGCAUUUUGUAUGGUUUUAUACUGUUCCUCUCUUUAAUUCACACUUCAUAGUGGGGCUGCACUCUGAAGUUGAGCUUCCGAGAUUAACUGAAUGUUUUUAACCCAUUGCUGUCUGUGAAUCAACGAUUGUACAGGAGUUCUUGUGCAGCAUCUCUAACAUGUCUUGUGUGAUUUUUGUUUUUUAUUUAUUUUUAUUUUUUUUUUGCUUUUUGUUUCUGUU